AUGACCUAUAAUCGAAUCGCUAUUUACGGACAUCGGGGCUGGGCCAGCUCUGCUAUCUUUGCCGCCCUGGUGCAGUCCGGUGCCCCGGUCAAGGUCCUUUAUCGUCCGAGCUCCGACGUCAGUGAUCUUCCUGAAGGUGUCAAGUCAGUCGCUGUAGAUGUGGAAGACCAACAGGCUGUGGAGGCCGCAUUACAAGAUGUUGAUAUCGUCAUCUCACUGGUCGGCCAAGAAGGUGUUCCUCGGCAACAUGGGCUCGUGAAAGCCAUUCCUCAAACCACCGUCAAGCUAUUCGUCCCUUCAGACCUUGCUUUCCGUUGCGAUGAACAAGGCCUGCGAGUUCCCAUCAAUCAACAGAAAUUCGAAGUGGAGCAAGCGGCAAAAAAGGCAGGCAUCGCGACAACCAUUAUUCUUCCCGGCCUCUUCGCAGAGUCAUUCCUAAAUACUGGUAUGCUUGGAGUCGAUGUACUCAACAAUCGAAUUGUAUUCAGUGGGGACAGCGAACACCAAAUCGUGAAUAUUUGCACGAGAGAAUACGUCGCAGCCGCAUACGCAGCCAUCUUCGCCACGACACCCAUCUCUGAGCUAGAGAAUAAGGUCUUCGGUCUAUCCGAGAUCCAGGCCACGGGUAGCGAUGUUGCAAACGCUCUGGUAAAACGAUACAACACUGCCCCGACCAUCUUUCGACACAGCUUAGAAGAAGUAGCUCGGCAAAUGCAAGACCGCCUGGAGAAAGGACAGCCCCUUGCGAAUGCAUGGUAUUGUCGCAGGAUCUGGGGAGCUGGAAAGAUACAGGAGUUGAUUGGGUCCGACGUCUGGGAGAUUAAAGGUUACAAGAAAAAGAGAUUGGAGGAGUUGAUUAUUAAUGAUGACUUGGUCGCUUAUCGUGAAGGGUCGCCGGCCUUUAUGGCAGCAGUGGACAAGAUGUUUUAUUGA